AGUUCAGAAUUGCAACACAAGAUUUGUUGAAUAAUAAAUUGUAAUCGUAACAUGGUGUUUAUGUUCACAUAUUACAUUUCACCUUAACGUUUCAUGCAUGGCUUUUCUUACGAUCCUAACAAUUUAGGUAUGGAUUUUCUUACUAUGCUAACGAUACGUACGUUCAAACUUUUGCGGGUAUCUCGCUUCAUAGGAGGGUGAGAGAGGGAGGCAUCCGCACGAUUUCAGCCAUCCACAUAAAGAAAUGCGGGUGCAGUUAUUGAACUGGGAUCAUUUUCACGCGGGGAAAAUGUUUACAGCCUGACGUCACAAUCAGAACACGAUCAGAACGAUUGGGAACUAUUUCACGCUGGGAACAUUUUUACAUGACACGUCGCAUCGGAAUCAGAGCUCUCGACUCCUUGCUUGCUUACUUAGGCUAAAUGUUGUCGCCCAUCAUUUUGUUUCUCCUUUGAAACAUUCCCAGGGCGUUCCAGAGGGAAUGAUAACUGGAACGUACACUUUCACUUUCACUUUCUAGCCUACAGAACUGUAAAACUCGGACCGAAGGAAAUGGCAUUCAGCUUUUUUUGGAAAGUUACCAUACCGUUUUUGGCUUAUUUUCUUGUGGAGGUGACAGGAGAACAGCAGUAUGGUGGCCUGGGAGGAGAGAUCACCCUGACCCCCAAGGUCUCAGGACAGCCUGAGGACAUCCUGUGGAAACACAAUGGGAACAAGGUGGUGGAGUUUGAUGGGAGUCAGAAUGUGGAGUAUGGCAGGUAUAAAGGCAGGACCGUCCUGGACUGGGACUCUGGAGAGCUAUCUAUCAAAGGUCUCACUGAUGCAGACAGUGGGCCCUAUGAGUUAGAGGCUGCCGUCAAGGGCAAGCUGCAGUACUCACAACAUGAGGUGGACGUUAUUGAUGAUGUGGCACAGCCCAGCGUUACCUGUGUGGUCAACAUCACAACCCCAGAGAAAAGCGACCGAACCCUGCUGUGCUCAGCUGACCUUCAGCCCCUCACCAAGUUCAUCUGGAGGAGUCCUGGAGGGUCAGUAAGUCCAGGACCUGAACUGUUCAUAGCUGGGGGGGAGAACCAGGAGUCUGUCUACACAUGUGUGGUGAAAAACCCUGUUAGUGAGAAAACUGCAGAGUUCACCCUGAAGGACUGCUACGCUGAGGAAGGCUCAUCCAGUGUCCUGGCUGUGAUCCUGUCCAUCCUCAUCCUCCUUGUCUUAGUUGCCGUUCUGGUAUUAUUGUGGCGCUGGAGGAAAGGCAAGAAACCGGCUGAAGCUGCACUGAGAAAAUCUGAAGAGGAGGCGGUGCUGAUGAAAGUUACAGUACAAGGAAACCAAGAUCCUGAAGAUGACCAUUCUGAGAACACUGGAAAUACAACUUAUACACAAAAAGGACAUGUGAAGGAGGUGAUAGAGCUGUUUAACAAGCAGGAUGCAGAUGCAAACAGUAAACAGCACACCGCACCAACUGGAAGGAUUUUGUCUCCAACAAAAAGUGGGGGUCACAUCCCAUUGGACAGACAGAAUGACAGGCUCUCAGACAAACAGACAGAGACAGAGCCAGUACAGGACAAACCCACCCCGGCCCAACCAGACCUAGUCACACCAGACCCCACCCUGGCCCAACCAGACCCAGUCACACCAGACCCCACUCUGGCCCAACCAGACCCAGUCACACCAGUGCCCACUCUGGCCCAACCAGACCCAGUCACACCAGUGCCCACUCUGGCCCAACCAGACCCAGUCACACCAGACCCCACCCCGGCCCAACCAGACCUAAUCACACUAGACCCCACCCUGGCCCAACCAGACACAACAGUUACCAUUCUGGGCCAACCAGACCCAGGCACAUCAGAGUCUACCCUAGCCCAACCAGACCCAAGCAUACCAGAACCCAAAGAAGCCCAGCUAGGUCCGGACACACCAGAACCCAACCAGGAAACAGGAGUGUCGGAGACAAAGCCAGUCCAGGACAGGCCUGGGAACAAGGACAGCACUCCACUCUUGAACAACUCAGACGCCAUGUUCCUCCUCAGCACAGACACACAUGUUGCUCUGGACCACAAUGGUGGGAAAUCAAACAUCCAUGAGCCUCAAGCUGCACUGAGAAAAUCUGAAGAGGAGGCGGUGCUGAUGAAAGUUACAGUACAAGCCCAACCAGACCCAAGCAUACCAGAACCCAAAGAAGCCCAGCUAGGUCCGGACACACCAGAACCCAACCAGGAAACAGGAGUGUCAGAGACAAAGCCAGUCCAGGACAGGCCUGGGAACAAGAACAGCACUCCACUCUUGAAUAACUCAGACGCCAUGUUCCUCCUCAGCACAGACACACAUGUUGCUCUGGACCACAAUGGUGGGAAAUCAAACAUCCAUGAGCCUCAAGCUGCACUGAGAAAAUCUGAAGAGGAGGCAGUGCUGAUGAAAGUUACAGUACAAGGAAACCAAGAUCCUGAAGAUGACCAUUCUGAGAACACUGGAAAUACAACUUCUACACAAAAAGGACAUGUGAAGGAGGUGAUAGAGCUGUUUAACAAGCAGGAUGCAGAUGCAAACAGGAAACAGCACACCGCACCAACUGGAAGGAUUUUGUCUCCAACAAAAAGUGGGGGUCACAUCCCUCUGGACAGACAGACAGACACAGAGCCAGUACAGGACAAGCCCACCCCGGCCCAAUCAGACCUAGUCACACCAGACCCCACCCUGGCCCAACCAGACCCAGUCACACCAGUGCCCACCCCGGCCCAACCAGACCUAAUCACACCAGACCCCACCCUGGCCCAACCAGACCCAGUCACACCAGUGCCCACCCCGGCCCAACCAGACCCAGUCACACCUGUGGCCACCCUGGCCCAGCCAGACUUAAUCACACCAGACCCCACCCUGGCUCAACCAGACCUAGUCACACCAGAACCCGCCCUGGCCCAACCAGACUUAGUCACAACAGAGCCUGUGCCAGCCCAACCGGGUCCAAUCACAACAGAGACAGCUCCAGGCCAAACAGACCCAAGAACAAGAGAGACAGCUCCAGGCAAAACAGACCCAAGAACAAGAGAGACGGCUCCAGGCAAAACAGACCCAAGAACAAGAGAGACGGCUCCAGGCAAAACAGACCCAAGAACAAGAGAGAUGGCUCCAGGCAAAACAGACCCAAGAACAAGAGAGACGGCUCCAGGCAAAACAGACCCAAGAACAAGAAAGACGGCUCCAGGCCAAACAGACCCAAGAACAAGAGAGACGGCUCCAGGCAAACCAGACCCAAGAACAAGAAAGACCGUUCCAGGCAAAACAGACCCAAGAACAAGAGAGACGGCUCGAGGCCAAACAGACUCAGCAGACACAACAGAGACAGCUCCAGGCAAAACAGAACCAAUAACAAGAGAGACGGCUCCAGGCAAAACAGACCCAAUAACAAGAGAGACGGCUCCACGCAAAACAGACUCAAGAACAAGAGAGAUGGCUCCAGGCAAAACAGACCCAAGAACAAGAAAGACGGCUCCAGGCCAAACAGACACAGCAGACACGACAGAGACAGCUCCAGGCAAAACAGACCCAAUAACAAGAGAGACGGCUCCAGGCCAAACAGACCCAAGAACAAGAAAGACAGCUCCAGGAAAAACAGACCCAAUAACAAGAGAGAUGGCUCCAGGCAAAACAGACCCAAGAACAUAAGAGACGGCUCCAGGCAAAACAGACCCAAUAACAAGAGGGACGGCUCCAAGGCAAACAGACCCAAGAACAAAAGAGACGGCUCCAGGCAAAAUAGACCCAAGAACAAGAAAGACGGCUCCAGGCAAAACAGACCCAUGAACAAGAGGGACGGCUCCAGGCAAAACAGACCCAAGAACAAGAGAGAUGGCUCCAGGCAAAACAGACCCAAGAACAAGAGAGACAGCUCCAGUCCAAACAGACUCAGUACACACAACAUAGACAGCUCCAGGCAAAACAGACCCAAUAACAAGAGAGACGGCUCCAGGCCAAACAGACCCAAUAACAAGAGAGACGGCUCCAGGCAAAACAGACCCAAGAACAAGAGAGACGGCUCCAGGCCAAACAGACUCAGCAGACACGACAGAGACAGCUCCAGGCAAAACAGACCCACUAACAAGAGAGACAGCUCCAGGUCAAACAGACUCAGCAGGCACAACAGAUCCCGCCACGGCCCAAAAAGACCCAGGCACAACAAGACCUGAAGAAGUUAAUCUAGGCACAAACACACCAACACCCAAAGGGGCUCCACUAAAUGCAGAAACAGAAAAACAGGGUAGACAGGUGGAUGCAAAGAACAAGGUGGACGUUGGGAAGGAUGGAAAGACAAACCACAACCAAAGGGAUUGGAAAGAGGGAAAGCAGAAGGUGGAACUGGAAAAAAAAAAAAGAAUAAGGGAGAGGAGCUGGGGGCAAUUGUUGGAGAGAUGGACAAACAGAUAGAAGAAAAAGAUAAAGAUGUGGGAAAAGACCUCAGACAGAAGCAAGGUGGAGAAGAUACAGAGCUGGAUAGAGAGAAUAGAGGAGAGGGGGAAUGAUGCAAACCCAAAGAUAAAGAACGAAGGAGAAAGGACAGUACACAGCAGACCACAAAGACAAGAACCAGACAAAUCAACACACAGGAGGACAACCAGGAUACCCAGUCAGGGGAACCAGCCAGGGGAGUAGAGACAGAAUAAUGAUGUGGAAGAAUAAGGGAAAGGGCAAAGAGGAAGUAAUAAAGAGACUGAGAGGAGAAAGAUGAGAAGAGAAAAGAGAACAGAGAUGGAAAAAUGACCACAAUAGAGGUAUUGGUGCAAACACAGAGGAUGAGAGGGGAAAUGAAGGAGAGAUGGAGGAGGAAGGGGAAGAGGAGAAGGAACCAGACACAGAGAAAGAAGGAGAUGAUACCAACCAGACAUCCACCCAGAGUGAUGAGGAGAUGGAUGAGACACCCACCCCAGACCCCAAUGAGCAGCACAUUACCCAGACUACACUACAGGGGCAGUCCAGUGACUCCACAGGAGCCCUAGAGAACCAAGAAGAGAUGGAACAUGAGACACCCACCCCAGAAC